AUUCUACGGUCACAAUGUCUUUGCCAUGAGGGCUGGUCACAACCCUUGUCUACAUCUUCACCUGGUAGCUGAAAUCGCGCGCACUGACCUGCAUGAGGACUGGCAGCACGCAUGCAACCGUCACAUUUACACAUAACUUCGUUUUCCACUAUUGUUCGAGAAAAUAUUUACAAAGAAAGGGAAAAAGGCAGCGAAAAAAGAGUGACCAUGGCGGACCCGGACCCGGCAGAGGCGCAAAGGCUCUGCAAGGAACUGCAGCUCCUCGUCCUUCAGCACCUGCACGAGCAAGGCUACAAGGAGGUGGCUCACCGAUUGGAGCAGGAGUCCGGGCUCUACUUGGACACCAAGCACCUCGAGGACCUCGUGCAAUGCGGCGCGUGGGACGACGCCGAGCGCUACCUCGGCGGCUUCACCGAGGGGUGCGAGGACCCCGGCUCCGCCAAGAUCUUCGUCGCCAUCCGCAAGCAGAAGUACCUCGAGGCUCUCGGCAGGUGAAGCCGUCUGCUUCUGGAAAUGGACUCGUUGCCAGUUGACACCUGUCUAGCUAGCCAUCCAUGCGCGCCCCUCCCGCCGCCGCCGCCGCAGCCGGCUUCAACUCGCCGUGGACGCUCGCCAUCCGCGCCGCGGCGGACCAGGGCCGGCCCCGCCGCGCCGUCGCGCUCUACCUCUCGUCACUCCGCGCCUCGCACCGCCCCUGCCCCUUCGCCCUCGCCGCCGUCCUCAAGUCCGUGCCCCGCCUCCCGGCCCACGACGCGCGCCCCGCGGCGGCCUCCCUCCACGCGCACCUCCUCCGCCUCGGCCUCCUCUCCCACCCAUACCCGCACGCCGCGCUCGCCCACCUCUACUCCCGCCUCCUUCCCGCGCACGCACCGGACCUGCUCGAUGGCGCGCCCGCGCUGCGCCGCCACUCCCUCCUCGUCGCGUCCAACUCGCUCCUCGCCUCCCGCCUCCGCGCGGGGGACAUCCCCGCCGCGCGCGCCCUGUUCGAUACGAUGCCCGCGCGGGACGUCGUGUCGUGGAACUCCAUGGUGGCCGGCCUCGCCAAGGCCGGCCACCUCGACGAGGCCAUCGAGCUGUUCGGCCAAAUGCCCGAGAGGAACGCCGCGUCCUGGAACGCUCUACUGUGCGGGUUCAUCGCGCAGGGCCAGCUAGCCCGAGCGAGAGAGCUGUUUGAGCGGAUGCCCGUCAGGAACAAUGUCUCCUGGAUCACGAUGAUCUCAGGGUACUCCAAGGCCGGGGACGUCCAAGCUGCUGCUGACCUGUUCGAGAGGAUGGAGAGUAAGGACCUUUAUGCCUGGAACGCGAUGAUUGCGUGCUAUGCGCAGAAUGGCUGCGCCCAGGAGGCGCUUGGUAUUUUUAACCGGAUGAUGAAGCCACAUGUUUGGGUGCUACCCAAUGAGAAGACUUUCUCAUCUGUCAUCUCUGCUUGCUCGCAGCUGGGGGACUUGACGUUCGGCCUCUGGGUCGAGAGUUUCAUGGGCUCUGUGGGGGUUGAGCUGGAUGAUCACCUGCGCACCGCUCUGGUUGAUUUGUACACCAAGAGCGGGCGGAUGGAUAGAGCUUUCGACUUGUUCAGAGGAUUGCGAAUGAGAGACCUGGUGUCUUACAGCGCAAUGAUAGUGGGCUAUGGGAUGCAUGGAAAGUUAAGUGAAGCUGUUGGCUUGUUCAAGGAAAUGUCUGAUGCGAAGAUUGAUCCUAACGCGGUGACCUUUGUGGGGUUGUUGUCUGCAUACAGUCAUGCGGGACUGGUGGAAGAAGCCCGCGCUUGCUUCGCUUCUAUGUCAAGCAAAUAUAGGAUUAAUCCCACAGUGGAGCACUACACCAUUAUGGUAGAUCUUCUUGGGCGUAACGGAAAGUUGGACGAAGCGUUCCAGCUGAUCAUGCAGAUGCCAAUGCGGCCACAUGCUAGUGUUUGGGGUGCCUUGCUUCUUGCUUGCAGGUUGCACAACAAUGUUGAGCUUGGGGAGAUUGUUGCUUCAAAAUGCUUUGAACUGGAGCCUGAAGAGACUGGAUAUUACAUUCUCUUAGGUAACAUUUAUGCACAAGCAAAAAAGUGGGAAAAGGUUAAGAGGUUAAGGAACUUGAUGGUGGAAAGAGGUUUGAGUAAGGUUCCUGGGAGUAGCUGGGUGCAGGUUGCAUAAAUCCAUUGUAUAGUUCUCACUCAUUUCACUUUCAAUCAAUUGGGUCAGUAAAUUUGCUGACAAAUCAACAUACAACUCAGAUUUUUUGGCCAACUAGAAUUUGAGAAGAUGAGGCAAUGGCACCAGUUAUUUAGUUUCUCAUCUCCACAGAAUUCCAUUCUUCAUGCUUCAUGACUUCCCUACGUGGGUUCAGAGAAGAUUGGAUCCAGUUGUUCUUUUUGCUAUUACGCUAAGAGCUUUAGAGCAUGUGUGAUGGCAUGCACCAACUAUCUUUAAUCCUUUUUUCUGCCUAUGGAUUUCAUCAUGUGGAGAAGAGAGGAAGAGAAUGGAGGGUUGGGUUCAAUAAUAUAGGAAAAGUGUAUGAGAUUGUCUAGCACAUGUUUUGAUGAGAGGAGUGCUGAAGAAUCUAAGUUGAGAAACUAUGACUGCCUCUUAUUUUGUCUCUAGAUGAUGUGGAUGCUCCAUUGGAGAUGCCCUUGUGUGUUACCUGGCCACCUUGGAACAUUGAAGCAUUCCUCAGAAAAUUCAUAAUGGGUCUGUUGCCAUCAACUUUUACUCAAGUAUAUGUGUACAUUAGUACA